AUGACAUCAUCCGAUGAUGAUUAUGGUCAAGCAUCAAGUAAUAAUAACAAUAAUAAUAGUAUUAGCGUAACUAGUGGAACUCAAAAUAAUAAUUAUACUCGACGUAUGAAUAGCAACAGCAGUAAUCCUUAUUCAUCAUCAACCGGUAUUGAAAUACGUAUAUUAAUGACUUCUCGUGAUGCUGGAGCAGUUAUUGGCAAAGGUGGUUCAUCAAUACAAAAACUUCGUGCUGAUCAUCCACGUACAAUAAUUCAAGUACCUGAUUGUGCAUCACCUGAACGUGUAUUAAUUAUAAGUGGUGAACAAGAACAAUGUUUUGAUGCAUUACUACAAAUUAUUCCAGCUUUAACGGAUAGUUCACGUCUUUCAUCAUUUAAUCGACGACGUAAUUUAAAUACUGGAGCAGGAGGAAUAGGAGCAAAUUCAGAUCAAAAUCAAUCGACGAAUGAUAAUCAAACAACAGGCGAUAUACCAUCAGAAAUUCGAAUACUUGUUCAUCAAAUUUAUUGUGGAGCUAUUAUUGGUAAAGGUGGACAACAUGUUAAAGAAUUAAGACAAACAUAUAAUCUUGAUAUAAAAGUAUUCUCACAAUGUUGUCCGCUAAGUCAUGAAAGAAUUAUUUCAUUACGUGGAAAAAUAGAUGAUAUUAUUGAAUGUAUUAAACACAUCUAUUCAUUAAUGAGUUCAUCAUCUCAACAACCAAGAGGUCCACCAUUAAUUCAAUAUGAUCCACAUAACUUUGAUAUUUAUACAGUGAAUGAAUAUGGUGGUUUUCAACCGCCAGGUGGUAUUGAUAAUCGUAUUGGAUAUAAUCCACGAGGAGGAUUUCCACCUCCUGGACCAAGUGGUGGAAUGUAUCCUAUUCGACCUUUACCUCCUCUUGUCGAUAUUCCGUAUGGUGGUGGACCAGGUUUAGGUGCUCGAUAUCCCAAUCCUGCAUUACUUACUUCAACACGGGUGACUUUACCAAAUGAGCUUGUCGGCGCAAUUAUUGGCCCACGUGGAGCAAAAAUUCAACAGAUACGUCAAACAACAAAUGCUAAUAUUAUAAUUGAUGAUCAACCAAUUCCUACUGGUCUUAGUGGUGGUGGUGAUCGCAUAAUAACAAUUGAAGGAACACCAGAGCAAAUCAGUCGUGCACAAGCUCUUCUUCAACAAGCUAAUAACCCACCAAAUGAAAAUCGUCGAAAUUUUACACAAGGUUUAUCAUCCGAUUUUCCAAUUCUCGAUCAACGACAUCAACAAGAAAAUGCAACAUAUUAUGAAACUAAAAUUCAACGAUUAACAACAACUCUUAAUGAUAAAGAACAAGAACUUCGAUCAUCAAAUAUGCAAUUAAUAAUGGCAAAAGAUGAACUUCUACAAAUGCAAUAUAAAGUACAAAAUCAAGAAGCAAAUGCUGAAGCUGUACGUAAUUCUAUGCAAGUUGAAUUAGAUAAAUUAAAACAUUGG